AUGCUUGGAAUAAUUCCGCUUCCGUUUGGAAAGCCGCAGCCUCAGUCCCGCCGCGUCCGCCCAGCGCCAGCUCCGCGUCCCGACCGGCCCGCGGCUGCCCGCUCUGCCGCCAUGGCCACCUCGCCGCAGAAGUCGCCGUCUGUCCCCAAGUCCCCCACUCCCAAGUCGCCCCCGUCCCGAAAGAAAGAUGACUCCUUCUUGGGGAAACUCGGAGGGACUCUGGCCCGGAGGAAGAAAGCCAAGGAGGUGUCCGAGCUUCAGGAAGAAGGCAUGAACGCCAUCAACCUGCCCCUCAGCCCCAUCCCCUUCGAGCUGGACCCUGAGGACACAAUGCUGGAGGAGAAUGAAGUGCGAACGAUGGUGGAUCCCAACUCACGCAGCGACCCCAAACUUCAGGAACUGAUGAAGGUAUUAAUUGACUGGAUUAACGAUGUUUUGGUCGGAGAAAGAAUCAUUGUGAAAGACCUCGCUGAAGAUUUAUAUGAUGGCCAAGUCCUACAGAAACUUUUUGAGAAACUCGAGAGUGAGAAGCUGAACGUCGCUGAGGUCACCCAGUCAGAGAUUGCCCAGAAGCAAAAGCUGCAGACUGUCCUGGAGAAGAUCAACGAAACCCUGAAACUUCCUCCUCGGAGCAUCAAGUGGAACGUAGACACCGUUCAUGCCAAGAGCCUGGUAGCCAUCUUGCAUCUGCUAGUUGCUCUGUCCCAAUAUUUCCGGGCACCAAUCCGACUCCCAGACCAUGUUUCUAUCCAAGUGGUUGUGGUCCAGAAACGAGAAGGAAUCCUCCAGUCUCGGCAAAUCCAAGAGGAAAUAACUGGUAACACAGAGGCUCUUUCUGGAAGGCAUGAACGUGAUGCCUUUGACACCUUGUUCGAUCAUGCACCAGACAAGCUCAACGUGGUGAAAAAGACACUCAUCACUUUCGUGAACAAACACCUGAAUAAACUGAACCUGGAGGUCACAGAACUGGAAACCCAGUUUGCAGACGGGGUGUACCUGGUGCUGCUCAUGGGGCUCCUGGAGGGCUACUUCGUGCCGCUUCACAGCUUCUUCCUGACCCCGGACAGCUUUGAACAGAAGGUCUUGAAUGUCUCCUUUGCCUUUGAGCUCAUGCAAGACGGAGGAUUGGAAAAGCCAAAACCACGGCCAGAAGACAUCGUCAACUGUGACCUGAAAUCUACGCUGCGAGUGCUGUACAACCUCUUCACCAAGUACCGGAAUGUGGAGUGAGCGUCAGACUGGACCGUCCCCAGAGCCGCCUUAUCCUGCUUAUUCCUGUCUCCUGCUCUGCGCUCUCCUCCAAGUCCGGCUGCUCUUUUCCCAGAGAUACAGGGAACUGAGAUCAGGAAGGAAAUCACCAGUGACUCAGUGGGCUGACCUGACCUCCUAGGCUCUGAGGCUGACCCCACAAUGGCUUGUGAAGGUUGUCCCAACCUGGUUCCAGGUCCAGAUUUCCUUUUGUGUAAUCUGGAACCGGCUUAGGCACAAGAGCCCACCCACCCACUCACCCACCCUCAGAAAAUGAAAACAGAGAUAAGAGUUACCAUUUAAUGGGUGUAACCUAUGGGCUGGGCACCACACUAAGUGCUCUGACCUACUCCAACUUGUGAAUACUCACGACUCCCACUGAAGAUGAUGUUAUCAGCCCCUUUUACAGAUAAGGAAACAGGCUCAGAGAGGUUACCUGACUUCCCAGAAGCUGCCAUUUGUUUUGCUUCUUUGAAGAACAUAUUCGUUAAUAACUAGCCCAUUAUGUCACAUUCUCUGUACAUUCUAUACUUGCAUUUGCAUGUGUGUAUAUGCAUGCAUGUGCACCUGUGCCCUCCAAGAAGAUAGGAUCCCCUGAUCUCAGCACCAGGCAGGCUAAGUCAGGACUCAGUGGUUCACACUGAAAUUGGCAAAUCAAAUUUAGCCCAAUUAAUAGUGUGUGUGUGGCAGGAGCCGUAUCCCUCAACUCCUUUGUACAAAUGAAAAUUACUCUUAAUUCCUUCAGAUUUGUAAUAACCCCUUAUUCUGGUUUCAGGGUGACAUUUGGAAAGGAUUCUGUUUAAAAUUAAUGGAGUGGCACAUUUUGCAGCCUUUUUGCCUGAUUGCAUGUAAUGGAAGUGCCCUAUAUUUUCCUACAAAAUAAGUCCUCGAUUCAUUAUCGUUAGGCAAAUGUACAAUAUACCCAGGCACCGCAGAGAGCUGGGCACAGGCCCAUGCGAGCAGGGCUUGGGAAGUAGGGCUCUUCAACAGGGACUCUUGAGCUUUAAAGAAAGGAGCUCCUUUUUGCCCUCUAAUUGAUCAUUUAGACCAUUUCUGGCGAAGUCUACCCACAUGCAAUUACUGGCUAAUUCAGGCAAGCAAAAAUGUAAGUUAUUUAGACCCAAUCUGAGUAGGUUUCCUUGCGUGGGUUACCCGCGGGCUUGUGGUUACAUGGAUCCCCUCUACAUGAACCCAAGUUUGGAAUACAGGGCUCAAGUUGUCCCAGCCUGCAGGGCCUGGGAUAGAAAAGGGGCUGAAGGGGGGUGACUAGGAGGACAAGAAGCGUGGGGCAAAUACUUGCACACUUAGCAUACGGGGACAUCCUCAGCCCGUGGGAUGUUGGCUUGUGAUAUUUAACAUUUGUACUCUAAGUUGACCAAAGCCUUGGGAUAGGUAAUAGCUUGUACUGAUGUAUCUUCAUUAUAGAAUUUUCCAAAGUAUGCUAGGUAGACAGCAGCCUGUAUCCCCACCUCUGGAUGUCUGUGCCUACUUUAGUACUACUUUAGGCCCAGUUGCACAAAGCCCCUCUCUGAUUUGAGGAAUUCGUCGUGAUCUCUAUCUACACCACCCAGAGGGAGGCCUUCCAUCGUGUCCAAACAUUCCUUCCUGCUUUUCAUCAAUUCUUACUCUACAGUCUCGCUGCAGUCACUCAAAACCCAUAUAAUUUCAAUAUACUACUUAUUUCUGGAGAGAUUUCACUCUAAGAAAGAAGUAUUACUCAGCAUUUAAGAUACAGAGAAUAUGCACUCUCUUGUGUCAAUCUGUGUAAAAGAAUACAAUCCUUUUUUACAUAAUUAGUGAAAUAUUUCAUUUGUCAUUAGGAAACACUAAAUACAGUAUUAUUUCUGUUGCUCUUUUUUAAAUUCCUGAUAGCAAAUCAGCAUAAAUAAUUGCUUUUUCUCCUUGAGCAAUACUAAAGCAGAUGAAAUAAGAGAAAUGAACUCAUUUAAAUGUGCUUUGCUAUACAAAUAUUGUCUCCAUUUUGUGUUUUUUUCUUAUAUUCAAGCUGCAAAUGGACAGUGGGCAAGUGACUUAUUAAGACCACUCCUUUUUAUAUUUUACAUAUGCACUAUAUGAAAACACAUCAGAACACUUGGAAAUUUUUUUAAUACCAGGUCCAAUUUGUCAGAAAAUGGUGUUUUGAGACCAAGGUCUUUACCUUACUCUGAAAUUCCAGGGCUUGGGCCUGGUUUUAUAACCCUGCCAUCUCAUUUAGAGGUUUUUCUUUACAUUAUGGAAGCUCCUGCUUAAUACAUGACUGUUUUUGAGGGGGGGGGGGGGGCGGUAAAAAGCAUCAGAAAACAAAUAAACCAAAUGUAACCCUUGUCUCUUUUAAAAGAAAAAAAAAAGCUGGGGCAAAAAUCAAAUCUCUGUAGGCUCACUGGAUCCUUCUUUCCUCUUUUCUAAAUUUAGAUUCUUUCAUAUUUUUGAUAAUUAAUGUGUAAAUUGUGCAAAAUUCAAAAAGCAUGAAUGGAUAUCUAGUGAAAAACCCAGUCUUCUUCCCUCCUUUUUCCCAGCAGACAAUACCUGUCUCCAGAGGCAACUAUUUUGUUCUGUUUCUAGUAUUAGCUUCCAGAUACCCCAACAAUAUAAGGUAUAUAAAUAUCUGUCAACAUAUAUAAGACCAUUUUUAAGUGAAAAACCCAGUCUUCUUCCCUCCUUUUUCCCAGCAGACAAUACCUGUCUCCAGAGGCAACUAUUUUGUUCUGUUUCUAGUAUUAGCUUCCAGAUACCCCAACAAUAUAAGGUAUAUAAAUAUCUGUCAACAUAUAUAAGACCAUUUUUAAGCAUAAAUAGCAUAUUAUACAUACUAUCAUGCACACUGCUUUUUUUUCAUUUAAUGUUCUAUCUUAGAGAUUAUUUUGUACUGGGUAUUAAAACUCAUUAAACUGAGA